UUUUAGAAAUGGCGGUCGGUGGCCAGUGGGGUAUCAAAGUAUGGAGCCUUAUAAUCUUGACCGUUCAAAAUGCAUCUCUCAUAUUAACAAUGAGAUACACGCGGACACUCCCUGGUGACAUGUACUUUGCUAGUACAGCAGUCAUGUUAACAGAGGUUGUGAAAGUAAUUACUUCCAUGCUGAUUCUACUGGCAGAAAGACGUAGCAUGAUGAAGUGGAUGAAGUAUUUGUAUUCCAUCAGUGUUGGUCAUCCUUGGGACAUGGUGAAGAUGCUUGUGCCUGCAUGUAUAUACACUGUUCAAAACAAUCUACUGUAUCUAGCUGUUUCCAACCUAGAUGCUGCAACAUAUCAGGUAUCUUAUCAGUUGAAGAUUCUGACAACAGCACUCUUCUCAAUUGCCAUGCUGAGUAAGCCAAUAAACAGGGUUCAGUGGCUGUCUCUCUUUAUGCUGUUCGUUGGUGUGUCUGUGGUUCAACUACAGCCUGUUCAUGGUCCUGUGUCACAGAGCCCUGAGGAAAACAUCUCAACACAGAACACCUUAUCUAAAAAGCACAACCCUUUACUGGGGCUUGCUGCAGUUGUAGCUUCUAGUAUGUGCUCAGGAUUUGCAGGUGUGUACUUUGAAAAGACCCUCAAAGGAACUGCUACACCUCUGUGGGCCAGGAACUUCCAGUUGGCUAUGUUUGGGGUCAUUAUUGGUACCAUGGGCAUGUACAUCAAUGAUGGAAUCAAAAUCAAAGAAAAAGGCAUUUUCUUUGGCUACCACAAACUUGUCUGGCUAAUUAUUGCAAUGCAAGCAUUUGGGGGUCUUUUAGUAGGUGUUGUGGUUAAGUAUGCUGAUAACAUUCUAAAAGGCUUUGCUGCAGCUGUAUCAAUUGUUGUUUCCUGCAUUGUAUCAGUUUAUUUAUUCCAAUUUAGUCUCAGUUUGCCUUUUGUAUCAGGGGCUGGUUUGGUUAUGCUUGCUACAUAUCUGUAUGGAAUAGGACAGAAAUCAGUUGUUCAAAAAAGCUCUGCAAAUGGCUCCAUAGACCCUAAUAAAACUGAUUAAAUUAUAUUUCCAUA